ACCUAUGAUAAAUUGAUGGUGAUAAAGAACCAAAUCUCCUAUCUACACGUCAAUUACAAUACGAUUUUGGAUAAAAAUUAAUAUUUUCUUUAAAAACCAUGACGAAGUUUCCCCAGCUUAAAGUUUUCAUAACAGUUAUGCAUAAAUAAAUUGUGUAUUUUGGAAUUUCUUACAUUAUUAAUACUGUCAAUAUAUUUGACAAACUACCGCCUUGCACAAUGUGUGUCAUUAAUAUUUACACAAGCAUAUCAGCAUCGUUGGUUCUUUUCUUCACCCAUAAGACCAUGUAACAAUAAAGUAUAAAAAGUGUGAUCGAGCUUAGGUAUAUACAUGUAUAUCAAAUGGGAAUAUACCAUACCAUAAUAUUUCACUACCCCUAGAAGCCAGCUAUAAUAUAAAAUUCCCGUUCUGGCUACAACUGCUUGAGUAUCCGUGAAUAUUAUUCGAUUACGUGGUGAGCCACUCGCAUGAACUCCUUGGCCAUAUUCGUCACAAGCAAGACCAAGGCAGGAAUUGGUAAAGAAUGUGAGUCUGAGAGGCAAACAGAAGUCAUGAGCACUACUGUCAAGUCGGAUCUCUACCAGUCCCUGAUACCGGCGUAUUAUCUAAGCAAGGUAUGCGGUUUGCUUCCGGUGAGAUUUGUACAGCAAAAUCCUGGACGCUACUGGGGUAGACUUCACUUUCGGGACAUAAUCUACAGGUAUGACCUCUGGUUAGGUAUAUUAAAACGUAUAAUGUAUCUUUCUUAUCUAUACAGUUGGUAUCCUUACAGCAUCUGUCUCCUUGUAUUUUUGAUGAGCUGUGCAAUUUUUGGCCUCUGGCGAGAUCUUCGCGACGGAUGGGAAAACAGCACCAGGAUGAAAUCCUCAACGGCCGUGGUCGUCACUUGUGGGGAUGUCUCGGCCGUUUUGUUCCUGGCAAUUGUUUCUAUUCUAGGUUCUCCCUUUCGAUGGUCCCAUCUUCAGCAUAUCAUAAACAACCUGGUGAAGGUAGAUGAGAAAUUGAGUAUAGUGUCACCCAAGAAAACUCGCAGAUACGCCAUCUUCCUGAUAACUAUCAGUUUGGUAUACUUGAUAUCAAUUUCAUCCUUGGACCUCUACUCGUGGAGCACCCGGGUGAAGAUUAGCAACCAGAAAAGCGACAAGGGUCCCAUGAACUAUAUCCCCAUAUACUUUCUCUACGUGAUAGUUAUAAUGAUAGAGGCACAGUACACGUUAUUAACAUAUAAUAUCGGCGAAAGAUUUGGUCGACUCAAUCAGACUUUGAAGAAUGUACUGAAGACGGAGAAGAUCACUGAGAGCUUCAAGAAGGAUUUCGCCUUAGGGAGCAUGGACAGCUCGGUGCUUUCAUCAGGGCAGAAAUUAGGGGUGAUCGACCACAACGGAAGUCUAAGAUUGCCGAUUUCAUUGUGGGAAAUGGUACGAGUCAGUGGAUGUGGUAACGAAUCUGGCAUAAAAUCUUUUUUAAAAUAUAAUUAUUAUUGUGUUAGUUAUUUAUUGAAAUUUGUAGAAUGUCGCAACGUCGCUGAUACUAUUUCCCAACUGAUCACUGUACACUCCUCACUAUGCGAUACCGUUCUACUUAUAAAUACUGCUUUUGGGGUGCCUGUGCUCGUGGUUACCCUCACUUGUCUUCUUCAUCUAAUUAUUACCCCAUAUGUUUUAAUUAUUGAUGCCAAUGGUAGUAACAAUGGGCUCUUCCUUGCUACUCAAUGUCUCUGGUGUGUUCUUCAUAUCGGUAGGAUGUUCAUUAUUGUUCAGCCUUGCUAUGAAGCCAGCACGAAGGCCAAAACCACGGCGGUGAUCGUAAGUCAAUUACUGUCCUGGAAUUUGGAUAGUGACAUUAGAAAGCAGCUGGAAAUAUUUUCGCUUCAAUUACUACACAGACCCAUUGAUUUUUCUGCCUGUGGACUUUUCUCGCUCGACAGAUCUCUAGUGACCUCGAUCGUCGGAUCCGUGACCACGUAUCUGGUAAUACUAAUACAGUUCCAGAAAGCUGACGACACCAAAGACACCAAUGACAUUUUAAAGAAUGCCACACAACUUAUAAGAAAUGUUUCAACAUUCCGGAACAUUGACAUAUUACGAAAAAGCACGUGAUUUUGGAAGAAAUUAUGUAUAUACAAAAGAAAAGAAUCUUUUUUACUAGAAACUCCAUCCUAGCGAUAUCUAUGACAUCACUAGGAACACCAUACCAAUACCAAAAGAAAAGAAGCAAGAUACACGAGUAACCGUAGUUGUAUUAUAAGGAGUGCAUAUAAUUUUUGGUUGGUAAUAAAGAAAAAAAGAAAAAGAAAAAAAAA